CACGGGCGUGCGGGUCAAAAUCUAGUCAUAAUUAUAGUGGUGGUCACCGAAGCCAGACAAAUAAAACAGAGUGGUCACCAAACUACUGUAUCUAUGUUUUCCAUUCACAUAUAAAUUCUAUCGAACUAUCAUUGUCGAUUAUAUAUCUAUAUAUAUAGCCUGACAACAGAAAGAGAAAUCCGUAUCGUUACUAUUUAUAUAUGUAACCUAGUUUUGUAUAUAAAGUUUUACAAAAAUAUUGAUCAAAAAAUGAAAUCUGAAACAUCAAAUCUUUAAUAGUAUCACCUAUUCAUUUUACAAAUCACUACGUUUUCUUUAACGACCUGCCAAAAUCCAUAUUAUUAUCUCACAAUCACAACCUUGUACUUCUGUUACUAAGAUGUGAUGUCAUUAGUAUAUUUUUUUUUUGAUGUCAUUAGUAUUAGACUAUUAGUUUAGAAAGAAAAGAGAGAAAAGUCAUAUAACAAGCUAUGUUUUCGAAUCUAGGACAGUAGAUAUAUCCCAUGAUAUAUUAUGUUCAAUCACUACAUGGAACCAAUAAUAUACAAAGAACGCGUAACCUACGUCUAGUACGUCACAGCAAUGACAUGAUAAACAUUUGAAAUGUUCAAUAUACUGUAUGUGGAAAGAAAAAAAACAACCGAAUAGAUAAGUUUUUAUCACCUCAUGAUUUGAUAGUGAUGAUUAAACGUGACAUUGAAGAAGAUAAGUAGAUAUGACAUUUUCCAAAAUAUUACGGAGAGAAAAAUAUAUUCUUGACCAAAUACACCGCGUUUUAAAAAUGGAAGACUUGUUCUUAUAUAAGACGAGUAUGUGAUUAUAGGUUUUAUUAUAUUUUCAUUUGACAUGUCAUCGUCAGUGGUUUAUGGUGAUUAUUGAUUACGCUCCUUGUUAGGUCAAUGAUGUCUAGUAUUUAGUUUAAUAAAACUUUUAAAAGAUUUUUGGCUCCUGAUUAAUUAAAAAUAGCAAUUAAUCUUUCCUAAUGUAAUCAUUUAAUUUUGUUUUCUCCCCGUAAAUGAAAAGAAAAUACAAAGAUUUUUUCGUCGUAUAUAUAUUACCACGGGUCCCAACUUUCGAAGCAUUAAACCAUCUUUCUCUAGUUUAACGCUUCAGAGAAAACUCAGAAAGAAACAACUUUGGUAGACAUGCAGACGAGCCGUUUACUCUCCCUUUCCUCCAACUCACCGAGCUUCGGCAGUUUCUCUUCCGCCGUAGACCUCGCCUCAAUCGCCGCUCGAGUCGUGGAGGAGUUCAGAGACCAGGAGCAACGAUCAGACUCCCACCGCGACAACAACGACGAGGAUGAUAAUAAUUUCGAGUUCGCCUUCGACUGUCCUAGCCGCAGGUGCUCUCAUCCCCUCGCUACCGCCGACGAGAUUUUCUGUAACGGUCAGAUCCGUCCGUCGAAUCCUUACAGUGGUGGAACGGAGAACACUACGGUGGACGGGAAAGGCGGAGGAGAAUCUUCACCGGAGAGUACGGUCCCGCGACGUCGUCGUCCUGCGCUUAGAAAGUUGAUGAGCGAGGAGCGGGAUCAAACGUCGAAUUCUUCGUCGGAGGAGGCCGAUGAUGAUCUAACCGGAGUUCCACCGGAGACUUACUGCGUGUGGACACCAAAACACUCCAGGGACGACGAUCUCCAACGACUCUCGUCUUCUCCAUCGCAUAGCAAAAUCAAAAGCCACUCCGCGGGAUUCUCUAAACGAUGGAAGCUACGGAACCUUCUCUACGCGAGAAGCAGCAGCGAAGGGAACGACAAGCUCGUGUUUCCAGCGCCGGUUAAGAAGGGAGAUGAAACUGCUAGCUCCGAUCAAGAAGAACAGCUGUCGAAGUCGAAGGUUGUGGUCGGAGAGGAAGAAAAGGAAAGCGAAGGGACGAAACGACAGCCGUUUGUGCCGUAUAGAAAGGAUAUGAUGGGGAUAAUAAAAAAUGUUAAUGGGCUUAGUCGUCAUUUACGUCUCGUGAAGGAGAGAAGAAACAAAAAUCGAAGACGUGGACUUUAAGUGGGCUUCGGUUUCUUUUCCUUUUCCCUCUCUCUCUCUCUCUCAACCUUUUUCUUUUUGGUUUCAUGGAAAAUCUCGAGUGUUUGCGAGAAAGAAAGAAAGUCCAUAUUUUUUGAAUAAUUUUUAAUUAAAUAAGUCGAUGUGUCGGUUUGGAUUAGAUGUAAGGUUAUCGGAAAAGAGACUAAUGGUUAUUAUUCAUUUUAUUGUAAAUAUAUCGUCGUCAUAAUGUUGAAUUAUUUCACCUAAUUGUAUGAUGGUUGGCA